AUGGUUAGAGAACUGCGGCCCCUUAAACGGCAAGAGUGCUACUUUUUAGUUCUUGAUUUACGUACACCAACUAGUCAGGCUAUAUUUAAACUUCAAGCUGCUAUUUGUGAAGCAUUUCGUUCUAAUCUUAACAAAAGAGGAUUUAUUGAAAUACACACUCCAAAAAUAAUUUCAGCAGCUAGUGAGGGAGGAGCUAAUGUUUUUGAGGUUAGCUACUUUAAAGGCUCUGCUUAUUUAGCCCAAUCACCUCAACUUUACAAACAAAUGGCUAUUGCCGCAGAUUUUGAUAAAGUUUAUACAAUUGGGGCUGUUUUUAGAGCUGAAGAUAGCAAUACACACAGACAUAUGACUGAAUUUGUUGGUUUAGAUUUGGAAAUGGCUUUUAAAUUUCAUUAUCAUGAGGCAAUGCUUACAGUUGCAGAAUUAAUGUGUGAAAUAUUUGCACACCUUCAAAAAAAUUUCCAACCAGAAAUUGAAGCUGUUCGUAAACAAUAUCCAAGCGAGCCGUUUAUUUUUACUGAAAAACCUUUAAUAAUUCAAUAUUCACAAGCUGUUUCAAUGCUUAGAGAGGCUGGUGUUGAACAAGGAGAUGAAGAGGAUUUGAGUACUCCAAACGAAAAACUUCUCGGCCGUUUAGUUCGUGAACGUUAUUCCACUGACUUUUAUGUUCUUGACAAAUUCCCACUUGCUGUUAGACCAUUUUAUACAAUGCCUGAUCCUUUGGAUGAACGUUAUUCAAAUAGAGAAGAAAUUCUUUCUGGUGCCCAACGUGUCCAUGAUCCAAUAUUACUCACUGAACGUGCAAAAAUACAUAAUAUUGAUUUGGAAAAGAUUCGUGCUUAUAUCGAUGCAUUUAAAUAUGGAUGUCCUCCACAUGCUGGUGGUGGAAUUGGUUUGGAACGUGUAACAAUGCUUUUCCUUGGUUUAGGCAAUAUUCGACUUGCUUCAUUAUUUCCACGUGACCCUAAACGAAUUACUCCAUAGAAAUUGUUUCCCAGUUAUUUUUAAUAGUUUUGAGAGAAUGGAAUGACUUCUUUUUAAUUUUAAAUAUUAAAUUGUUUUUUUGAAUGUUUAUUGGAAGUAAAGUUUUUGUUUUUAAUUUUCUACUAACAGUUAUUUCUUUGGAAAAGGAUAAAGGGAAGAUA